UCCCAGUGCAGCAUGUUCGGUUGUGAAGACCCAGGUUUUCCACGUCAGUGUGUUUACCAAGAACAGAUUGACAGCCGGUUUAUGUGUUACAUUUGUCCAUAUUAGGAACAAAUUACCGAAUGAAUCAAUAGUUGUGGGUUUUAAUAUGACUCACGUACUGGGAUGUCAAAAUAUUUGAAUUGUCCUAUAUGUUGUAAUUGAUUUUUGGUCAUCACUGUUGGCCAGUUAGCUUGCUAGCUAACUAAGUUAGCUAUCAUCAGUUGAAAUUGUACAGGACUCCAUCUUGGAACUGCAACCAUACAGACAGGGUAUUAUUUUUCUACAGUACCUUUCUCUGGCCGGCUUAAAGGUUAAUCCAACCAUUUUGAGAUAUCAGGAUGGUCGACAAGAAUAUAUACAUUGUCCAAGGGGAGAUUAUUACUGUUGUAAGUGCCAUCAAGAGGAAUUCAAGGUGGAAUACCCACACUCCUUUGGAUGAAGAACAAGAUCCAUUGCUUCACAGCUUCAGCCAUCUGAAGGAGACUCUCAACAAUAUAAAAGAGCUGUCAGAUGUGGAGCCUAACGUAUUCCUGCGGCCCUUCCUGGAGGUGGUACGAUCUGAAGACACCACCGGACCAAUCACAGGCCUGGCCCUCACCUCUGUCAACAAGUUCCUGUCCUACGGCCUCAUAGAUGCUAACCAUGAGGCGGCAGCGGAGGCCAUUGAGAACAUGGCAGACGCCGUCACACACGCCAGAUUCGUAGGGACGGACCCCGCCAGCGAUGAAGUGGUGCUCAUGAAAAUCCUACAGGUCCUGAGGACCUUGCUGCUCACGCCCGUCGGAGCCCACCUGACCAACGAGUCUGUGUGCGAGAUCAUGCAGUCGUGUUUCCGCAUCUGCUUCGAGGUGCGCCUCAGCGAGCUCCUGAGGAAAUCAGCCGAACACACACUGGUAGACAUGGUGCAGCUGCUGUUCUCCAGACUACCCCAAUUUAAAGAAGAGGCCAAAAGUUUUGUGGGUGCUAACAUGAAGAAGGCUUACAAUAUCUUGUGGAAAAACAAACGAGUGCAGCUGAAGAUGCGUGCUGGUGGGAUGAGUGAGUCAUCAAAGUGGAAGAAGCAGAAGCGCUCGCCCCGGCCCCCCCAUCACAUGGUACGAAGCGCCUCGGGCGGAUUGGAGCAGGCCCCUCCCGCCACCCUUAGCAACAACAACCUCACUGGUGGUGUCCUUUUCAUCGAGCAGGUUAGUUUGUCUGUCCCAGACAGCAUGGCCUCUUCCAUGUCUAGCCCCACAGACAGCGGCCUUGACACUUGCUCCAAGGCCACCUCCAGAGAAGACCUGACAGACCUGGACCAGAGCAGCUCUGUCGCCACCACCCCAGGCACAGCAGCUAGCCCUUCCACAGAGCCUGGAUGCCUGGAUGCUCAGUCUGAGGGGAGGCAGGUGCAUCGUGCCCAGUCAGCUUCGGUGGAGUCCAUCCCUGAGGUACUGGAGGACAGAGACUCUGUGACGGAGCAGUCAGACUCAGCCUCAAUACACGACAUGGAUUACGUCAACCCCCGAGGUGUCCGCUUCACACCACAGCAAACACAGAGAGACGGUGAGGAUGGUGGGGCUCUCAUCCCCUACGGUCUGCCCUGUCUGCGGGAGCUCUUCCGCUUCCUCAUCUCGCUGACCAACCCCCAUGACCGCCACAACACGGAUGCCAUGAUGCACAUGGGCCUGCAGCUGCUGACCGUGGCUCUGGAAGCAGCCCACAUUGCCCCCUACCAGUCACUGCUGGGUCUGGUCAAAGACGAGCUCUGCAGACACCUCUUCCAGUUGCUAAAUGUGGACCGUAUGAACCUGUGUACCGCCUCCAUACGAGCCUGCUUCUUGCUCUUUGAGAGCAUGCGAGGACAUUUGAAGUUUCAGCUUGAGAUGUAUCUGAAGAAGCUGAUGGACAUCAUCACGUCAGAGAACAUGAAGAUGCCUUAUGAGAUGAAGGAGAUGGCCCUGGAGGCCCUGGUGCAGCUCUGGAGGAUCCCCAGCUUUGUCACCGAGCUCUACAUCAACCACGACUGUGACUUCUACUGCUCAAACCUGUUUGAAGACCUCACCAAGCUGCUCUCCAAGAAUGCCUUCCCUGUGUCCGGACAGCUCUACACAACUCACCUCCUCUCACUAGAGGCCCUACUGACUGUUAUUGACAGCACCGAGGCCCACUGCCAGGCUAAGGUGCUCAACAGCACAGCUCAGCAGGACCAAUCAGCAGAAACUGUGUUGGCGGGAGGAGAGGGCUCAACCAAUGACCGUGUAGACACAACCACAGAAGCAGGCAGGCAGGUGAACCGUGCCAACGGUCAGAAUGUUCCAGAGGCUGACAGCGUGCCCCUUCCACCUACCAGCGGGCACCUAAUGGCAGAGAAGAUGAUACUGGGCAGACAAGACCAGGAAGAGACAGAGCCAUCUGCUGAGAAGAAAGAAUCGACAAAGCCUCAACGCUUCUCGUCUUGUUUACCUGAUUCUCAAGAGCUGUUGGACAUCAGAAAUAAAAAGAAGCUGCUGAACAGCGGCACAGAGCAGUUCAACCAGAAGCCUAAGAAAGGCAUCCAGUUCCUGCAGGAAAAGGGUCUCCUCAGCAGCCCCAUGGACAACAACGAGGUGGCCCAAUGGCUCCGGGAGAACCCCCGCCUCGACAAGAAGCAGAUCGGAGAGUUCAUCAGUGACCGCAAGCACAUGGAGCUACUGGACAGCUUCGUCAACACGUUCACUUUCCAAGGACUGCGUAUUGACGAGGCGCUGCGUCUGUAUCUGGAGGCCUUCAGACUGCCAGGAGAGGCUCCGGUCAUCCAUCGACUUUUGGAAACCUUCACAGACACCUGGCAUAAAGUGAACGGCUCUCCCUUCAUGACCAACGACGCGGGCUUCGCCCUGGCCUACGCUGUCAUCAUGCUCAACACGGACCAGCACAACAACAACGUGCGCAAGCAGAACAUCCCCAUGACUGUUGAGCAAUUCAAGAAGAAUCUGAAGGGUGUGAAUGGAAAUACAGACUUCGAUCAGGAUAUGCUGGAGGACAUCUACAAUGCAAUCAAGAAUGACGAGAUAGUGAUGCCAGACGAGCAGUCAGGUCUGGUGAAAGAGAAUUACGUGUGGAGCGUGCUGCUCCACCGGGGGGCCACCUCCGAGGGGGUCUUCCUCCACGUGCCCGCCGGCAGCUAUGACCACGACCUGUUCACCAUGACCUGGGGGCCCACCAUCGCUGCCCUCUCCUACGUCUUCGACAAGAGCCUAGAUGACGCCAUCGUCCAGAAGGCCAUCGCUGGCUUCCGGAAAUGUGCCAUGAUAUCAGCUCAUUAUGGAUUCAGUGACGUGUUUGAUAAUUUGAUCAUCUCCCUCUGCAAGUUUACAACGCUCAGCAGCGAGUCGGCGGAGAACCUGCCCACGGUGUUUGGGAGUAACGGGAAGGCCCAGGUAGCUGCUAAGACCGUGUUCCACCUGGCCCACCGGCACGGUGACAUCCUGAGGGAGGGCUGGAAGAACAUCAUGGACUCCAUGCUGCAGCUGUUCAGAGCCGAGCUGCUGCCCAAGGCCAUGGUGGAGGUGGAGGAUUUUGUGGAGCCAAAUGGAAAGAUUUCGCUUCAAAGAGAAGAGACGCCUUCAAAUCGGGGCGAGUCUGCGGUGCUGAGCUUUGUGAACUGGCUGACUCUGAGUGGAGCGGAGCAGUCUGGUCUACGUGGGCCCUCUACUGAGAACCAGGAGGCCAAGCAGGCAGCAAUGCUCUGUAUCAAGCAAUGUGACCCAGAGAAGCUGAUCACAGAGAGUAAAUUCCUGCAGCUGGAGUCUCUACAGGAGCUGAUGAAGGCUCUGAUCUCAGUCACACCUGACGAGGAGACGUAUGAUGAGGAGGACGCGGCUUUCUGCCUGGAGAUGCUGCUACGCAUCGUCAUGGAGAACAGGGACCGCGUGUCGUGUGUAUGGCAGACGGUGCGGGACCACCUGUGCCACUUGUGUGUCCAGGCUACAGAGAGCUGCUUCCUGGUGGAGAGGGCCGUGGUGGGCCUCAUCAGACUGGCCAUCCGCCUGCUGCGCAGAGAGGACAUCAGCUCACAGGUGCUGCUGUCCCUGCGUCUCCUGCUGAUGAUGAAAUCACACGUCCUGGCCCGGGUAAGCCGGGAGGUGGCCUACGGCCUCCAUGAGCUGCUCAAGACCAAUGCUGCCAACAUACACUGCGCAGACGACUGGUUCACCCUCUUCUCCCUAAUCGAGUGCAUCGGGGCCGGGAUCAAACCGCCCGCCUCCUUCCAGGUCACCUCCACCAGUCCCGACAUCGACACAGGUGCCCUGUCGGACAGUGAGCUGUCGUCCCACCACCACAGCGAAGUGAGUCUGGACCGGGGCUACACCUCCGACUCUGAGGUCUACACGGAGCACGGAAAGUCCAGGAUGCCCCGCUCUGUCACUGAUGUGGACGUGGCCAGCAGCGGAUGGCUGGUGGUUGGUAAAGAUGACCUGGACAUCAACAAGGUACCGGUCUCUGGCUCCAAGCCCCUGCUCAACCCUCUAGUGAACCAGUACAGCCUGACCCUGGGCCAAGACAUGGGCUUCCACGACACCAAGUCCCUCAUCAAGUGUGUGGAGUCCCUCUCCUUCAUAGUACGCGAUGCUGCACAUGUCACCCCUGAAAACUUUGAGCUGUGUGUCAAGGCCAUCCGGGUGUUUGUGGAGGCCAGCCUUAACGGAGGCUACAGGACCCAUGAGAAGAAGAAGAACCACAAGUACGACUCCCAGAAGUCCCGUGUGAAGAGGAAGCCUCGGGAGAAAGAGGGGGCAUCCCGCCGCGCCAAGGCCUCCAGCCAGAGGCCCUCCCGUUCCCAUAGCGACGACGAGGAGGACGAGGGAGUCCCAGCCAGCUACCACACGGUGUCAUUACAGGUUAGUCAGGACCUGUUAGACCUGAUGCACACGCUGCACACGAGGGCCGCCAGCAUCUACAGCUCCUGGGCACAGGAACAGCGCCACCUGGAGGUCGCAGGGAAGAAGAUUGAGGCUGACUCCCAGACACUGUGGACCAGCUGCUGGUGCCCACUUCUCCAAGGGAUAGCCUGGCUGUGCUGUGAUGCCAGGCGGCAGGUGCGAAUGCAGGCCCUGACCUACCUCCAGAGGGCACUGUUGGUUCAUGACCUGCAGACACUAGAUGCUGUGGAGUGGGAGUCCUGCUUCAACAAGGUCCUGUUCCCUCUGCUGACCAAGCUGCUGGACAAUAUUAGCCCUGCAGAUGUGGGAGGCAUGGAGGAGACCAGGAUGAGGGCCUGCACCCUGCUGUCAAAGGUGUUCCUGCAGCACCUCUCUCCCCUGUUGUCUCUGCCCACCUUCGCUGCCCUGUGGCUCACCAUCCUGGACUUCAUGGACAAGUACAUGCACGCUGGUUCCAGUGACCUACUGCUGGAAGCCAUUCCAGAGUCUCUGAAGAACAUGCUGUUGGUGAUGGACACAGCAGGAAUCUUCCACAGCGUUGACUCCCGUACGGGAUACUCUGACCUGUGGGAGAUCACCUGGGAACGCAUCAACUGCUUCCUGCCUAACCUCCGGGAAGAGCUCUUUAAACAGACAGUCAUACCCCAACCAGAUCCUGCUCCCAGUCCCCCAGUGGAACUUGCCCAGCCGGCUGCCCCCUCCCCCCCAGCCUCGCCACCCCCAGCCCAGUCCCCAUCUCCAGUGCCAGCUGCCCCCACAGAGCCAAAGACCUCCAGCAGACCAGCGUCGCCCCAAGAUCCCCCACCACCUAGUGCCAAUGGAACUGACAGAUCAUCUCCAGUGCCCCCAUCGACUCCCCCCAUGCGCACCCCAGUGAAGAUGUCCCCCCAGAUCUCUACCCCCCUGAGUCACUCACACAUGAGUCAGUCCCCCCUCAUCCUGCAGCCCCUGGCCUCCCAUCUGCAGGUGGGGGGCGUGCCCCCCAUGUCCCUCCCCAUCAUCCUCAACCCCGCCCUCAUUGAGGCCAGCUCCCCUGUCCCCCUGCUCCCUGCCCCCAGGCCCACCGACCUUAGUGACACCCCGGAGGUAAAAUAGAGCCACCAUAGCCCUAUGCUUACUCUCACAGGGGGACACUGUCCCCCACCUGUCCCCUAAACAACAUAGAUUUCCUUAGGCUCUGCACCCCUUCACAGGAGGGGAUAGACCAACUCUGACAGAGAUACCCUGGCAUGCAUGGUCACCUCUCAGACAACACUAAACAACCACAGACACAUCUAGCUUUGGUCUUAUCUAACAUCCUGGGGCCUGCUGUCCUUCAAUAUUCACGUAUUCAUCAGAAAAUACAUAUUUAUGAUAUACAUAUACGAGGCUGCAUGGAUGUUAAGGACAGCACCUAUUUGACUCUCUUCGGUCUUUCCCACUUUUCCUACUGAGUCAGUUUCAACUUGAGACCUACAAAGUUAAGUACGUUGUUAGUAUGCCUGUGCUUAACAUUCAUCUAGAGGUCCUGCCAGAAAUAAAUCAUAGUGAAUAACUUAUUUGGUUUUAGGUGCUGCAUGUUGUUUACUGAAUAGGAUGUACAGAGAUUAAUUUACCCCAGUCAAAGUAUCAGGGCACUGUGUCUUAAAACAAAAGAUUGAAAUACUAGAUAUAUCAUAACUCUUGUAUCUGAAGGUCGAAAUAUAAGUGUACAGUAAUAUAAAGCAUACAGUUUAUAUAUUUCCAUUAUAAAGUAGUGUCAGAGGUUUUUGAAAAUAAUUAUAUUAUAUGAUAUCCUGAGAUUUCCAAAGAGGGAGAAAUUUGCCAACAUGUUGUCACAAGCUUGUUCGCAAAAAGUUGAUUACAAUGCCCAAAAUAACAAAAAUAUGUUUUAAAAGGACAAUAUGUUUUCUUAAGUCCUCUAAACACUGUUAUACCCAAGAGGGACAGAGGUGUGCAUGGUUUGCCUUGGAAAGAUGGAUUUGAGAUGCUGCCAUUGCUAACAAGGACAGCACCUGGAACAUUCCGAAUGUGACGACUGGUCUGGCCUGGGCGUGUUCGCUUUUAUCGGUCAGGUUAGGGGAGUUUUAUAGGAAGGUCUUAAUGAGAUUAUUUAAACGAGUGCAGUAUUGACUAGCAGAUUGAGCAUAGACAGCCAUCAGUAAAUCUGGGACAAGCUGAUAUUAAAUUCAGUUUUCAUUUUCAAGUGAUGAGAUGAAUGGUCCGGAUCAUCUUUGCAAGUUUUCAUUUGGGACUACUUUAUCCCACUUGACACUGAAAGUAUUCUUGCAUGUCCCUGUCUGUACAGUAAGCAGUACAGUAAUUUAUUGAUUGCAGAGGAGUUCAGAUAUUGGUAGGUUGAAGUUAGAGCCUUGAUCUUCUGUCAAAUUAUACCCAAACCAGACACCUCGCUGCAUGUGAUGAUGGAAGAAGAAUGUUUUCAAAAGCAUCAACCACUUAGAAGAGGGAUGGGCAACUGACGGCGGCCUGUGGCCCCUGUUUGAAAGGCCCUCGGAUCACUGCCCCCCGCCACAGUCGGGUUCUCAACUUACUGUUGUGGGUUAGAAUGGUAGAAUACACAAGGUGCAAUUUCAAAAUUUGGUUGUGCAUCAGCUGUUUUACUAUCUCCUGAUAGUAAGUCAAUUAGCCCAUGUCAGCUAAAAUGUUUGAUUGCCAAGUUAAUUUAGCGGCCAGCUACCCAGACUUGUUAUCACGGUCAAAUUACAGGCUGGGGGGCCCCCAUUGAUUUUGUUAGUCAGUCUCACUCGGAUAUCAUAUUAACAACGGCAAACAUUUCUCUCCACCCUAUGGCAAAAUGUGUAGAAUUGCAUGAAAUGAGUUAUAAAAAGAUAAAUCUUCUCUCCACCCCAUGGCAGAAAUCUGUAGAAUUACAGCAAACGUACUUUAAAAUAUGUAGAAUUGCACUAAAUUAACUCAAACUAAAAUGAUCUCCACUGUCAAGACGGGGGCCACUAAAAUGUUUUGCUCGCAAUGGGAGGGGGGUUGUUAAGAGCAACUGCAUCGCCUCAUGAUGAGGUAAGAUUUUUUGUGGCCCCCACCCCCAUCAUUUCAGAGCGGUAUACUACAAAGCAAGAUCAAUGACCUGGACAGCUAACUUACCAAAAUAACUUUAUUCAAAAUAGGCAUGGUCUAAUUAACUCAACAACCAAAAAAUGCAUAUGUAAGUAUAGGUUUAUUAAAUGAAUAAAACAGAAAAUGAAGUUAUCUGGUUGUUUAUUAAAGUUAGCUGGCUAACUCGUUGAUGCUGCUUUGUAGUAAUAUCCCUGUGGUGUCUAUUUCCAAUGCCCAACCUUGUGAUUUGCAUAACCUUCAGUGCAGUUUAUUUCUCGGCCGUUAUCAGUUUAAAAUUGUAAUCUUAUUUAUUCCGCUAGGAAUGGGCUGUUGGGGAAUGAAUACUCUUGUUGAAGUACAGUUGGGAGCAACUGCUUUCAGGUCAGGUUAUAUUACUCUCCUAAUCCACUGCCUUAUGUCAGAGAAAUUAGAAACGCAUUAGUCUGUCUGUGCACCAACACUAUACAAUACAAUGAAGUGGAGCCCCUCUUUCGCAGGGUUGUUGAGUCUUUUUGUAAGCUGUUCAUUUGUUGUACUGCAUUGUUAGGUAUACCAGGCGCUAAUUCUUGAGUGAACAGGAAAUUACAUGUGUAUAUAUAAAUAAAAGGUCAUGUACUUUUUACAAUGUAAUAAAUAUAAUGAAACUGG